AACGCAUAAUGUUGCGUUCCAAACCUAAGCUCACGUGACUUCCUAGUUAUUUUUAUUUAUGUGCCACUGCCAAGGGGGGCUUACUGCAUGGUAUGGCGGGAAUACCACCUGAUAGUUGGCAGCCGUCGCACAUAUAUUUGGAGACUAGCAUGGGUUCGGUUGUGUUGGAGCUGUACUGGCUUCACGCGCCCAGGACUUGCAGGAACUUCGCAGAACUGGCCAGAAGAGGCUAUUAUAAUGGGACCAAGUUUCACCGCAUAAUUAAGGACUUUAUGGUGCAAGGAGGGGAUCCCACAGGAACUGGAAGAGGAGGAGCUUCUAUUUUUGGGAAGCAGUUUGAAGAUGAGAUACACCCAGACCUAAAAUUUACAGGUGCAGGUAUCCUUGCCAUGGCAAAUGCUGGUCCAGACAGUAAUGGGAGCCAGUUCUUCCUAACCUUGGCACCCUCACAGUGGCUAGAUGGAAAGCACAGUAUCUUUGGUCGUGUUUGUCAGGGUCUAGGGACGCUCAAUCGCCUAGGUAUGGUUGAAACUGAUGCUCAAGAUCGUCCACUUGAUGAUGUUCGAAUUCUGCGUGCAUAUCCAUCUGGCUGAGUCUGCAAUACAGUUGGGACAUUCAAACAUUAUUUUUAAAGCAUUGCUCUCUCCCAGUGCUUCUCACUCAUUUUCAAGUUACUGGUGUUAUUUUUGUUCAUCUGGUUUUUAUUUACAGUUCUCAGUGUGCCAUGUACAGCAACAGAAUUUAAAUAAAUGUAAUAAAUCAUGUUUUCUGUAAGAUAGUGUUUCCCCCCCCAUUCCUGUUAUAAUAUGAUAGUGACAUUAAAGGGAUAGUAUAGUCAUAAUUAAACUUUCAUGAUUCAGAUAGAGCAUGUAAUUUUAAGCAACUUUCUAAUUUGUUACUAUUGUCAAUUUUUUACAUUCUCUUGGUAUCUGUAAUUUUAAAAUAGAUGUAAUGUAAGCUUAGAAGCCGGACCAUUUUUUGUGCAGCACCUGGGUAGCGCUUGCUGAUUGGUGUCUAAAUGUAGCCAUCCAAUCAGCAAGCGCUACCUAGGUGCUGAACCAAAAAUGGGCUGGCUCCUAUGCUUACCUAAAUAAAGAUACCAAGAGAACGAAGAAAAAAUUAUGAAUGGAGUAAAUUUGAAAGUUACUUAAAAUUGUAAUGUUGUAUCCGAAUCACAAAAGUUUAUUUUUUACUAAGCUAUCCCUUUAACCUCAAUUAUUGUCUGUAAUGCAAGUUACUUUUAAUAGGGGUGUGUAUGUAUGCACUCUCAACUUCCAAAGAUGCUAAUAUCCAGGGCUGGCAAAUCAUAAAUGUAUAAAGACAAAUAGCAAACCCUCA